CUUUGCCCUAGCGGACGGAGUUCGUCGCUUCUCCCACUCUUGCGUCUCGAGGUGGCACCUAGCUGCGGCGAAACUGGCGGAACAGUUGCAAGGUUUAUUUUAGUUUGGUAGCAUACAGUAGGAUGGACUUCUUUGCUGGUGAAUGAUCCUGUAUAUAAGAGUUCACAAAACAGGAUUUGAUAUUUUCUGGUUAAAAGCAUGAACAACAAUCAUCUUGGUCCUGAUGUCCCUCUCAGGAAGUUGAUACUAUUGGCUUCCAGAAAUGAUUCAGAACUACAAUUCAUGUCUGAAGUAUCUAGAAAAAGAAAAGAUAUGGAUUCACUUCCUGAUAAUAAGAUAUCCAAUAUCGUGUUCCAUCCAGGAAAUCUGAGUCGGCACAUAGAGCACCUGCCACCUACAGAUUCAACAUUGCCACUUCCUGGACUUACACCUUCAUUAGGGGCUUCUCAGUCCAGAACUCAAGGAUUUCCUUAUGACAAUGAGUUUAUUUCUUCAAGACCUACCAAUGCACAAUCUCACUUUGGUGACCACCCAGUUUGUAGUAUGACUAGUACAUUAGGAAGCAUAUAUAUGAAAGGCGCAACUUUUAUGGAAUCUGCAAAUAAUAGUUCUGAUUCCUUUGCACUCCAACAAAAUGAACAAUUUGUUAUGGCAAAUGUAACUGCUCCACAAGUUUCUGUUUCAACUGAUGCAAGAAGUUCCACUGAUGGUAUUGGCAGGCAAGCAGAAUUAAGUAAUCUGCAGUCAUACGUUGGGAUGAAUCUGGGCCAUAUUAAUCAAAACAUAAGUUGCACGGAGGCAUAUCUGACUGCUCAGGGAUCAUAUACUGGCAUGAACUUAGGAUAUGAGAACCGUGAUUUUACAAGUAAACCACUUUCAUGCUCUAUGCCUUCUCCAUGUUUACAAUCUGUUGAACCAUCCAAAAUGAAGCUGUUUAAUAAGUGUUCUGACUUGGAUGGGGAAAGCCUUGUUAAGGAUUUUAAGGAAAGUGAAAUAACUAGAACAAAUGGCUGUUGUCAGUAUACAGAUAUUGCUGAUGAUAGUAGUACCACAAAAGACACUCCAAAUUCUGCAGAAUCAUAUUCAGUCAACAAGGGAAAAGAGGAUCGUGGUUCUCACCAGAAUCCUAGGACCUACAUAACACAAAAUGAACAGAUCAAGUAUGUUGCUGAAAAGAAUUCUUCAGUUCAUACUGAAAAGCUGUGGGAUGGGUCACUUCAGCUAAACACUUCCACAACUGUGUCUACAGUUGCCUUCUUUAAGAGUGGUGAGAAGGCUCAAGAUAUAAGAUGGUGCGACCUUUUGGAAGUUAAAGGAAAAGUGAGACUGCAGGCAUUUGAAAAAUUUAUUCAGGAGCUUCCUCGCUCUCGAACACGUGCUUUAAUGGUGAUUUCCCUAUGUUGGAAAGCUGGGUCAUCCAUAUCUGGCCUGACAGGUAUGAAGGAGGUUGCUAAAGUUUACCAAGAGAGUGAGAGGGUAGGGUUUGCACAGAUCUGUCCUGGCAUUGAUCUUUAUGUCUGCCCUCGAAGUGAGACCAUAAUAACAAUACUUGCAAAAUUUGGGUUCUUCAAGGGCAUGGCAGCAGUUGAAGAAGAUCAGAAUUCUCUAAUUGGUUGCGUUGUAUGGCGUAGAGGCUGUCAGUCUUUGGAUUCUGCUUCAAAAGCAUCAGAUAAUAAAAUAAAUUCUUUAGUAGAGAAGGCACUUAGCUCAUCUGAGGAGAUUCUAGAAACAAAUUCUCCAGUACUAAAAAAGCAGGAUGAGCAUAGUAAACAAACUCUCCUAGGCACAAGACAACAUGAUGGUAUGCAGUGCCAACACUUACCUGAAACUAGGUCCAAUAAUGCUGACAAUGCAAGUCAUAUGAGAACUGAAAUCAAGUCAAGAGAAAGUUCAUCUGUUGAUUGUAGUUCAAAAUCAGUUAGUGUUCUGCAUAUUGCCUCUUCACUACCUUAUAACUCUCCUAUUGCUCCAGUUCAAAUUUCUCCUCCACAAAAGCAGGAAUUGAGGUCGAAGGAAUGCUUAAAGAAUCCUCUAUUGUGUGCUGUCGAAGGAAGACAAACUGUCCUUGGUUCAGAACCAGCAAGAUCACUUCUCUUGCAAUCAUCUCAAAUGCUCCCAGAUAGUCAUCAGAGGAACAUUACAUGCAGUGAAAGUUCAACUUAUCCUAGUAGUUAUCCUGAUACUCUUAUGCAGUCAGCUCCUUCAAUGCCGUCUGGUUCUAUUCCUGUUCGACUACAAACAACACAAAAACCUUUCUCAAGUUCUCAAGAGGACCCUACAUCAAGUGUUUCAAAGGAUGAAAAUUAUAUAAUGCACUUCAAAAAAUCAGAAGCUCCUGCAACAAGUUCUGAACCAAGCCAAACCACUCUUCCUGGACCACCUCCUUUGCCACCAGAAGUUCUCAAGCGAAUCAUUCAAGCUAGAGCAGCUGCUGUGGCUAAGGAAACUAAUAAAGGUGUUGUCAUGGUUGAAAUCCCUGUUGGGCAUGUUUCUGAACCAAAGAAAUUUUCCAUGGUUAUUGGGCCAAGUCCUGUUCUUCCUGGACCACCUUUGUCGUUGCCACAAUCUUUGAGUGUCUGUCCAAGCCCUGUCGAUGUGGAUGAUUUACCAGAAUUCGACUUCAGUUCAACAUCCAAAUUUAUAGAAUCCCCAGGAAACAAAUAUCCUUGGUCCAGUUAUCCUAUCUCAGAAGUUCAUCCAUUCAAUAAGCAACUCCCAAGUGAUAUGGGCCAUAAUUUAACACCUCAUGGAUCAACUACUAUGCAGCCUAUAGAAGCUAGUCAAAGACAUCAGUUUUCAUAUUUUCCGGGAGAGGCAACAAACUACUAUCAAGAGAAUCCCAAACGAACAAAAUUUCAGAAGCCCAUUGUAGAUAACAAGGUUGUAGUCAGGACUUCACUGUCAUGUGAUCAACCAUCUUUAGAUGCUGAUCAGGGUUCAAUUGACCCAAGAUAUAGUAGCAGUUCUCUAAGAAAGUAUUGCUGGGAUGAUGAUGAUGAUGAUGAUAUGCCUGAGUGGUGUCCCCCAGAUCUAGAACAUGUUGACCGAACCCAAGCAACCACUGCUGUCAAUCUGUCAUCCCCUGUGCAUAAUUGGGACUUGGAAUUUGCAAGGCGGCGUUCCUUCAUCUCUCCGCUCUCAACAUCUUCAUGCCCCCCAGGAAUCCACAGUCUUCCUCGUGGUUACCUGCAUGGAAGACAAGGUUCUUCUCCCCUCAACCACAAUCCCACUGCACCAGUUCAUACGAGAUCAGCUGCUGGAUUUGAUCAUUCCAUUCAAAGGACACCUUUAGUGCAACAUGUAACCAAUUUGUCCGGCUAUCAGACCAGCAUGAGCAACAAGAUACCUUCAGAUAUCGGCAAUAGGUUUCGAAGGCCUUGACGAUUGUCGACUCGGGUUCACAUGGCUGAAAAUCCACCUGUCAAGCUCUCUAUUUUGCGUACAUAUUUAACUUGUAGAAAUUAAGAGAUAUCUAAAUUGUGCAGACAUUCGAGGAUGUGUUGUGCUGAAAGCCUUGUAGAGUUGGUAAUGCUGUUAAAGUUGUUUUAGGAUCCUUCUGAGCUUGGCUAUAGUUAUAUAUAUCAUUAGAUGUUAUCUCAAAGGCUCCUUUGAGAUUGUUCCAAGCAGCAGCCUACAUGUGCACAUAUGCAUCUUUUAUCUACGGUUGCAAAGAACAUACCUUUUGCAAUAAUUUGCAAAUGAAGUUCUCGCAAAUAGAA